CAUGUGCGCCAAAUGUAAUAUUGGAAGGGAUGCUGUGACAAAUUUUUUAGCAUAAAUACUGAGUCUCCAGUCUCAAUAACUAUCAGUUCAUUUGUGUACUCAGUUAUCGAAUAAUUCAACCAAACAACAAAAAAAAGAAGCAAUAAAAUGGCAGCUAAGUUGAUCAUCUUCACCGUUUGCGUGGCUUCUGCCCUCGCCCAAUACUCUGCCCCCGCUUACAAACCAGCGUUCUCGGUGCCAGUAUACUCAGCACCAAGAGCCUAUGCCCCAGAGCCCGCAUACGCCCCAGCCCCAUAUAGCUUCGAAUACAGCGUAAACGACCCAACCACCUAUGACGUCAAGAGCCAAUCCGAAUAUGCUGACGGAAACGGUAAUAUCAAGGGAUCCUACAGCCUUUUGGAAGCCGACGGUUCCACCCGUGUCGUCGAAUACACCGCCGACGACCACAGUGGUUUCAACGCCGUCGUCAAGAAAAUCGAAGGAGGAUACAAGGCCCCAUACAGCGCCCCUGCCUACAAGGCCGCCUACCCAGCACCAGCCUACAAGCCAGCCCCGUACAAGGCCUACUAACAACUUCUUAACCAUUCUUGAGUCACGACACUAAAACUUCUCGUCGUACAAACAGUCAUAACAUCUUCAUAUUGCAUGUCCAUCAACUAAUUAUGUCAUCAAUGUAUUUAUUUUGUAAAUAAAUAACGAAUCGAUAAAUA